GAAUGGAGAAUCCCUCAGGCUCCCGAGAGAAAAAGGAAGGGGACUCCUAAAAAAGAGGCUGCAAUCUGCACCUCCGGCCGCUCGGGCCCUGGUUGCAGGCUGACUGGCUGGCUGAGGACAUGCGGCUGCAAGGCCCGCCACGCGAAGCCGAGGAGACGUGGAUGCCGCGCUAUAAAUAUGCCACGCAGGCAAAGCGCAACAGGCGACUUCUCUCAGCUCGAGAUGCGGGCGAACUCCAGGGCGAGAGGGCUCCGCGUGGCGCUCCUCUUGCCGCCUCUGUAAGUUAAAGAGGCCCGGGGGCAGCCGGAAGAAAAGCUUUUCCAGAAGCGAGGCAAACUUUAUCCGAAAUGAAUAAAUUCCGGAAGGUUUGCCGAGGCAGCGGGAGAGCUCUUGCUUUGAUCUUCGCAGCUUCGGUGGUUUGGCUGAUCUUUGACAUGGCAGCCCUCAAGUUGUCCUUCGGCGAGAGCGGCACCAAAGUGCUGCAAGGGGAGACGGCGGGGGGGAAAGAAAAGGGGCCAGGGCGACUUUGGCGCAACUCCGAGGAUGGCCUGGGGAGGUGGUCCCGAGAGGAGCCCGAAACUUCCCCGCCGUUCCCGGGACAAGAUGGGAAGAAACCUUUUAGAAACAGCGAAGAUGCUGGCCGGGACGCGGAAGGGAGAGGGCAGCGCUUAUCCCCCGGCACGACCCCGGCCAAAGCAGCGCCUGGGAAAAUACCCGGCCUGCGUGACAUACUCCCGCUGAAACGGCAGCGACCGCCCGCUCAACCCUGGUCCCGUGCCCCGGAGAAGAAAGUCAAUGGGGCGGCAGCCACCGGCGGCGACCCCCGGCAGACAAAGCCGGCUCUGGGCCGGCGUGAGCAGGAGCCCCACUCAAUAGUGGCUGAAGGGCGAGCGCCUCUUCCAAACGGAGUCCCUCAGAAGGCGCCAGCUCAGAAGAGCGCGGGAGGAACGGAGGUGUUACUGCGCGCGGAGUUCACCGAUAAAGGGGCUUUGCCUGGUGCCCCCCCUCCUGGAAGCCUGCCUGAGGAAUGGCAGGGCAAUCUUGGUCUUCUCAAAGCCAACAGGACUGGGGGGCUAGUAAGAACGAUAGAGGUUCCUCAGGUCACAGGAAAGUGGGGUUUACCUGCGGGCAAGCUGAAUACCUCAACAUCAGAGAAGAAGGAAGUCUCCCUGAAGAAAAUAGCUCCGGGAAACCUGCCAAGCAGGAAGAAUGCAAAAAUACCUCCUGCGAAGGAUGCUCUAUCAGAAAACCAACAGGUCUUUGUAACCAAGGAGCUGGUCCCUAUGGUUUUCCCAAUAGUUCAGCAUCUCCAAGCCAGCACCAAAUUGAUGGGAAAGUAUGUACAGCUGCCAGGUGAGAAAAGCAGCAAUAAGGGGAAAGCCACCAACGUAACCCCAAUAAAUGGCCUUACGGAAGGGAUCCUUGCCAGAGGAGGAGCAUUGGGGAAGGUUAACAAAGGCCAUUUGGCAGGCGAAGAGCAAUUCCCCAAACCUAAUCAGAGCAAUGUGGAUUUCGCAGGAAACACUAGGCUGCACAAAGUGUUGGCUAUCGAUAGGACCCUGACUCCAAGAGACCCCGGAGCACCUGGUCAAUUUGGGCGCCCUGCUGAAGUCCCAGGUGAGAAGGAGGAGGAAGCUAAAAGGAGAUGGAAUGAAGGGAAUUUCAACGUCUACCUCAGUGACUUAAUCCCAGUUGAUCGCGCCAUUGAUGACACAAGGCCUGCUGGAUGUUCAGAUCUUCUUGUCCACAAUGACCUUCCCACCACUAGCAUUAUCAUGUGCUUUGUUGAUGAAGUAUGGUCCACUCUCCUGCGUUCUGUCCAUAGUAUCCUCAACCGGUCCCCCCCUGAAUUGAUUAAAGAAGUUAUUUUGGUGGAUGAUUUUAGCACAAGAGCUUACCUGAAGGACAAAUUAGACAAAUACAUGGCACAGUUUCCAAAGGUCCGUAUCCUUCAUCUGAAAGAAAGGCAUGGUUUAAUACGAGCAAGACUCGCUGGAGCAGAGAUUGCCAAAGGUGAUGUCCUGACCUUCUUAGAUUCUCAUGUGGAAUGCAACGUGGGAUGGUUGGAACCGCUACUGGACAGAAUUCAUUUAAAUAGAAAAAAAGUUGCUUGCCCUGUCAUUGAAGUGAUCAGUGACAAAGAUAUGAGUUACAUGACCGUGGAUAGUUUUCAACGCGGUGUUUUUACAUGGCCAAUGAAUUUUGGGUGGAAGCCAAUUCCUUCAGAUGUCAUUAAAAAAAAUAAGAUUAAGGAAACAGAUAUAAUUAGGUGUCCUGUGAUGGCAGGUGGGCUGUUUUCUAUUGAUAAGAAGUAUUUUUUUGAGCUUGGAGCAUAUGAUCCUGGCCUUGAUGUUUGGGGAGGUGAAAAUAUGGAGAUCUCAUUCAAGGUUUGGAUGUGUGGAGGAGAAAUUGAGAUUAUCCCAUGUUCCCGAGUAGGUCAUAUUUUUAGGAAUGAUAACCCCUACUCCUUCCCUAAAGAUCGCCUCACUACAGUAGAACGGAAUUUGGCCCGGGUGGCAGAAGUUUGGCUGGAUGAAUACACAGAUCUUUUCUAUGGACAUGGUUAUCACCUCAUUCAAAAAAACUUGGACAUUGGAGAUUUGACUCAACAGAAGAAACUGAGGGAGCAGCUUCAGUGCAAGAACUUCAAGUGGUAUUUGGAAAACGUAUAUCCUGAUUUGGAGGCCCCUCUCGUUAAAGCUAAUGGGCUGAUUAUUAAUGUAGCAUUGGAUAAGUGCAUCACUGUGAAUCAACCUAAUCUUACAUUUGAAACAUGUGAUAUUAAUAACAAGAACCAAAAGUUCAACUACACUUGGCUGAGGCUAAUCCAACAUGAAGACUCCUGCCUGGCACUUAUUGAUGCUGAAGGGACCCUGGGUCUGCACCCUUGCGAUAAAAGAAACAAUAGCCAGAAAUGGUUGCAUAAAUCACUGGUAGCUUUUCACCCAGAACUCAUGGAUCACAUUGUUUUAGAACACCUUUCAAGGGCCACAUGUUUGGAAAUAGAUCAGUCGCAGAAAAACCUGAGGGCUAACAUUUGUUUUUCAAGCAAUAUUCAUCAGAAGUGGCAAUUUGGAAAUUACUAUGCUGAGUGAAACAGAAGCCAAGCAAGUUACAUGUAGGAGCUGCUUAGUACGCUGAUAAGUUCAAGAAUGACAACUCUAGAAAUGGGAAGUACAAAAUCAGCAACGUUUCUCAAAACCACAAUUUAAAAGCAGUGUAUGAAGAAAUCAACAGAUGGAGAAAGAGCACAGCUGGUUUUAACUGGUGUCAUUCCAACCAGGCCUGUUACCUCAAAGGAAGCUGGGCAGAAAUCUGGCCGGGGGGGAAAAAGAGUUCAACAAAAAGGAAGUACGGUACUUUGAGUAUCUUUUUCCAUGACAAAAAAUAAACUUAACAACAGGAUAUUAUGUUAUUUAUUAUGGGACCCUUAUGAAUAUUUCAUUUAAUUAGUGUUCUCUCCCUCCCUCUCUCUCUGUCUCUCUCCCCCUCUUUCUCUCCUCCGCCUCUCUCCCUCCCUCCCUCCCUUUCUCUCUCUCAGUAAACUCUUUGGCAAACCUUGUAGUCUUAAAUCUCUAAAACCUUCAUUUCAAAAGUAUGUAGAGAAGGUUAAAAAUGUCUUCCAACUCUAGGAGAAAACGUUUUAUUGCUGACAUCUCCAAGAAAAUGUGAUACAAUCUCAGGCUGAAUUCACUUGGCUGUAGAGAUCAGAAGUAACUUUUUCAACCACCCUUUCUCUUAGAAUUACAGCCACUUCAACAUCUUUCAGAUCAUCCAAGAUAGGAAGGAGAAAGACGAGUCUCAUAGCUAUGUUGAAAAUGGGAUCGCAAGCCUUAAAAAAAUUCGAUUUUGCUUUGAAGUUUCUUUUUGGAUAACUUACAACUUUGGCUGGAUAUUCUCUGUGUGUUUCCCUUUUGUGACAGGAAUUCACAUUUCUUGUUUUAGAAACUGAACAUAAAGAUGUGAUCCCUUCAGAAGGAUGACAAGCAUUCCUUCAGAAUGUAAAGCAGCAUCAUAUAUGUCAAUGAUGUGAUUUGUCUCAGUAGGCAUGAAAAAUUAAAAGAACCAUGUAAACUCACAGCAGUUGAGUUCCUCCAGCAGUUCGUAUUGCUAUCAUAAGGCACUCCAGGAUGGCAGAAUCAGCCAGGCGCUUGCCACUUGCUAGCCAAUUGGGAGUUAAAUUGUAAUGAUCCUGACAGCAUGAAGAGCCAGGUGCCUGUAGCCUCCAAAAACAGUGAUUUCAAGCAUUGCCACAUGAAUGCAACUCUUUGGGUCACAGAAACAUUUUUCAGAAGAUUGCUUGUUUUGUACUUUGGAACUGGCCACCUCAUCAGUCUAUUAGAUUUUAGUGAUUUGCACAAUCUACAAGAUGAUAGGACUGGGAUGUUCCUGAUGUAAAAUUCAAAGUGAACAUCUCUAAAAAAAGAUGCUACUUAAGAAUGGACCUCAUUGGAUCCCACCAUUUUCAGCUCAGUCCCCCUUAAAAUAGAAAAUUAGCACUUAAGAAAAAAUAAUUUUGAAUGUUUCCAAAAGCAAAGUCAACCCCACUAUCUUGAAAUAGUUUGUCAUCAUCUAAAAAGACAAAUAUUUGUGUUUUUCAUACGUAACUUUGCCAAUAUAUGAACUUACAUUUUUUAUGUUGGGAGAAACACCUUUGAGUUAUUAUCUGAAGUCACAUUGCCCAACAGUAUAAUGAAAUUAUUUAUACACUACGCAAUUGUACACUAUAAAUAUAUUUUUCUAUCUAUUUGGCACACCUGUGCAUAGCACAAGGGGACUAUGUCCUAGCUUGCAACCACCUUAUCUCUAGAUAUUUGUAUGUGAAAAGAAACUCCUAAUGAAGGACCUAGAGCAGAGGUCAGCAACCCACGACUCUGGAGCCGCGCGUGGCUCUUUCAUCCCCCUGCUGCGGCUCUCUGUCACUGGUCGGCUCCACAAUUGAUAGGACUUUCGGUUAGGACAGGUAGAGGAAAAAGGAUGCCACUCUAGGAGGAGACUCUAUGGUGGGAGAACCAGACUUCUGGUCGGCUCCAGAAUUCAAUGGGGGGCUUCCAGUUAGGACCUUUGUGGCUCUUUGAGUGUUUAAGGUUGCCGACCCCUGGCCUAGAGCUAAUUUGAUUUAGCGAUUAAAGUACGAAGUUAGAAGGCAGGAAACCGUGAGUUCAAAUUCCCACCUUAGCUAUGAAAGCCAGCUGGGUGAUUUGGGCCAGUCACUCACUCUCAGCCCAACUCACCUCACAAUGUUGUUGUAGGGGAAAUAGGAAGAAGAUGAUGUAUUGGAUAAUAAAAUAAUAAAAGGUGGGAUACAAAUAAAUAAAAUAUGGCCUUCCCCAAUAGAUGGAUGCCUGACAUUACAGCACAUUAAACAACGAGAAUGUGUGUUUCUCAGGAAUUGGGGGGUCCUGGGGAAUUCUGGUCCUGCUUCUCUACAUUCUCUUGGUUUGUUGUGGCUUGAGAGUGGUGCCCAUUGUUAAAUUAAGCUGUUAUUUGACAGGACCAAAAUAUUUAACAAUAAUCUUCAAGGUAUUUAUUUAAGAGCAAUAAAAACUGGUAAUUCUGGAAUUAAUUUGCCGAGACAGCUCAUCAGCAUAAGAAUUCUUAUGAUUGUGAAUUGCUCUGGAACAAAAGACUGAAACUUCACAUCUUGUGUCUCAGAACGUUGUGCUGACAUUGUAUGUUUUUGUAAUACAAGCUCAGAAGGCAGCCAAGCUUUCAUCAGCCAUCAUAUUUACAGCCGGUUAUGAGAUCCUUUGGUGUCUAAGAGGGUCUCUGUAUAGAAUAUCACAUAAUGCUGACAACGCUUGGCAAAGCGAAGUUGCCAAAAUAUUGAUUUGCCUAAGAGACAUCACAGUUUCAUUCCCAACUGUCUUUCUGAUUUCCUUUGCAUAUCAUUUAGUAUUGCUACCCUGUGGGCACUAUCAAACAAAUUACACAGAUGUUGUCUGUGAUCUCAUGAUUUAUCAAAAACAUUAAUUUCAUUACGUUUUGUGUGCUGAUAUUCUAUCAUUCUUCAUUUAGCCAAUGUAGAGAAGCCAUACGUAACGGUCACUUUGUAUUUCACAUCAGUCCCAGUGCAUUUUCACUAUUCAUUUUCUGAAAUGUCCGUUUCAGUAAUGGUUUUGUUUAGGCUUUAAAAAUAAUUUGGUAUUCCCUUUGUAAUGUGGGGAACAUAGCAGCAAUAAAAAAGUGCAAUAUUAUAUCCACUUUUUCUUGCAGGAAACAGAUAUCUUGGGCUCAAUAUCCGAAUAAAAAUUUGAAGUCCGGGAUAUAAGCAUGAGCACCUGUGACAUUUCCUUCGCUCCAAAGCAGAAUAUCUGAUAAAAUUAAUAUAUACAAGUUUUUAAAAUACUGCACAAAUAUCCCUUUACAAUCAAUUGUGAUUUCUGAUUUUCAUUCUUUAACAAGCAGUCACGUUAACAUAUUUCCCUACAUUUUGCAACCAUGUGUUGUCUUUUUUGCUUACUGGUGAAGAUUACAAAAAUGCAUUCCAAAAACGAAUCGGGCUUAGAAAUUUGAUACCAUGUUUUUGGAAAGGAUGCCAAAUCCAACAGUUGUCCCUGCCAACCAGCGUAGAAGAGGACAGAAAAGAACCUUCCCUCUUCUCCAACCCCGAUUCCUGGAUUCUUAAUCUGAAAAUAAAAGACAAAUAAAUCCCUCAUCCUUACUUGAGCUCUGAGUUGGUAUUUACUUUGCCUCAUUGGCUUCUGUGUUCUGCAGCACUUUGUGUAAUUGUUUUCAGAAUCAAGCCAAGAUAUAAAUGAUCUCUAGGAUUUGGCUCAGCCCACACUUCUAAGUGAAUCUACCUGCUUUGUGCAAAAAGAUUUGAAUACAGUUUACUUGUUUGCUGCUGUGAUGAUAUUUGUGUAAUAUAGUUGACUAUUCUUUUUUAUUGUUCAAAUUUAUCCAAUCGAUUUCCCGGCUCUUAAAAAAAUUGCACAUGAUGCAAUUUUGACGUUUCUUAAUUUUUCGAUGAACAAAUAUCAAAUAUCAGACUGGGAUCCGGCCAUCCAUAUACUGUGGCAAAUUGCCUCAUGUUCACCGUUAAAAUCCUGGCACUGAACGUCAAAAAAUAUCCAUAGACUCCAUGUUAAUUAUGUUAAUUUGUUUAAUAAUGUUAAUAAAUUGUGAAUGCAGCCUGCCAUCACUUCUACCUUUCUUUAAAAGCCCAGUGAAACUGAACUGUGUGCUUGUGGUGAUUUUUGCAUUUCUGAAUGAAAUGCCCAAUAAGGAUACAAAGGUAGAAAACUGACAGCAGGAAAAGACCUGGGAUCCAUCCAGUCUGCAUGGAUAACCCCUGUAUUUGGCCCAGCAUUGAUACAUCAUAACAGCAGCAAGCCCAGGUGGAAAACUGAUCUUUCCAUAUUGAUCUAUACAACACAUGACAAACAUGGACAUCUUUAACAUCUCUCCAAGGUAGGUGUCAACUCUGAAAUAUGAAUGAUCUCAAGUUGCACCUAUAAACUUAAAUUGAGCUUCACUGAAAUGUUUGCAAAUUCUCUGCAGUUAAUUUCCCUUGGUAUCUACAGGUAGUAGAUAGAGGCAGAUAUUUCUCUGGGCACAAUGAGUAAAUAUCAGCUGCAAACUCUUGUAUUGGCAAAGGAAGGGCAUCCGGCCAGUGAACACUCAGCCCGAUUCAGUUGCCCUGACUCCGCCCCACAAAGGAUUACAUGGUCAUUAAAAGAUUUUUUUAAAAAUUUACAGGUAGUGCUCGACUUACAACAGUUCAUUUAGUGGCCAUUCAAAGUUACGACAGCACAGAAAAAAGUGGCUUAUGACCAUUGUUUAUACUUCUGAUCGUUGCAGCAUCCCCAUGGUCAUGUGCUUUACAUUUGGAUGCCUGGCAACCGACUCACCUUUAUGAUGGUUGCAGUAUCUCAGAGUCUUAUGAUCCCCUUUUGCAACCUACUAACAAGCAAAAUCAACUGGGGAAACCAGAUUCACUUAACAACCGUGUUACUAAUUUAAGAAUGCAGUGAUUUACUCAACAAAUGUGGCGAGAAUGUUCGUAAAAUGGGGCAAAAUUCAUUUAACCAAUUUCUCACUUGGCAACAUACAUUUUGGCUCAGUUAUGGUCUACGUUGAGGACUACCUGUACUUAAAGCACAAUCUUGGUUUUACCUAAGAAUAACAACAAAAAAAUCCUGGUGGUACAUGGAAAAUUAGUUUAUAGAGUUUUCUACAAUCAAUACCUGAACAGCAUCUAUUUGGGCAAUAAGAAAGCAUGUUGUAUUAUUGUAUUUUAAUGUAUUACCAAGCCUCAGAUCAAAAGUCAUUUAUUGAAAAUUUGGAUCAUUCUGUUAAAGUUUAUUACUCAUGAUAACGAAGGUGCUGAUACUGAUGCAACUGUUCUUUUUUUCAUUGAUCUGAGGAACUCAAAAUGAAUCCCUAAUAAUUAUUUCAGGGAGCCUUAAAUGUUACCAUGUUGGUUUCAUGCCUCACAUUAAUCUGAAUAAUACAUUGUUUGUUUCAACUUCAUAUAUAUGUCUGUAUGUACCCUAGCAAUUGUGACUUCUUCAGUAAAAUGUUUAAAGCAGA